AUGACAAGUAUAAUUCGUAUUGCUGGAAUUUGUGGAUCUCUUCGUAAAGAAAGUAGUAAUAAAAAAUUACUUCUUCGAGCUCAACAAUUAUGCUCUAAGCAUGUACCCGAAGCUCGGAUUGAUAUUAUUGAUUGGAAUCAACUACCCGUUUAUAAUGAGGAUUUGGAAGAAGAUCCACCUAAAUCGGUUCUUAAAUUUAAAGAAGAAAUCGGAGAUUCUGAUGCAAUUCUUUUCGCUACGCCCGGUCCUUUAAAAAAUGCAAUCGAUUGGGCAAGUAGAACAAAGCUUGGUAAUCGUGGUGAUGUUUUCGCCGGAAAACCUGUUGCGAUCAUUGGUGCUGGUCCUGGAUCUUAUCCAGGUGCUUCGGGAUCCGGUCGUGCUCAACUAGUAUUAAGACAAACUUUAGUUGUCUUGAAUAUGGUAGCAGUUAACAUGCCAUCUGUAAUGUUAACUGGAUCUUAUAAGGCAUUUAAAGAGGAUGGAAGUUUAGAGAGUGAAGUAAUUGAAGAAAAAAUUGUACAAAUAUUGAAAGAACUUGUGAAUUUAAACAAUCGGUUAAAAAUUACGGUUCCGAAACCAACAGAUUAUGGUAUGCUCUAUAUUAAUGAACUUUUAGAAACAAAAGAUGGUGUAAAAAUUCGUGCUUAUGUUUGUAAAAGGAUUGAAGAAGAUGCUAAUACAAGACCUACUGUAUUAAUGCUUCAUGGAAGUGGCGGUAAUAUGGGCCAUAGAUUACCGAUUGCUGAAAGUUUUUAUAAGAAUUUAAAAUGUAAUGUUAUGUUGGUUUCUUAUCGAGGAUAUGGUAGAAGUGAUGGAACUCCUUCUGAAAAUGGACUUCGUCUAGAUGCGCAGGCAGCAUUGGAUUACAUUAGAAAAGACAACAUAUUAAAAGAUACGAAAGUAAUAGUAUAUGGACAAGCGCUUGGUGGAGCUGUAGCAAUCGAUUUAGUUUCUAGAAAUGAAUCUAAAGUUGAUGCUCUGAUAAUCGAAAAUACUUUUUUGAGUAUUCCAAAAGUGAUUCCUCAUAUUGUCCCAUCACUUCGUUAUUUAACCUUUAUAUGUUCCGAAAUUUGGCCAUCUGAUAGUAACAUAACAAAACUUCGAUCAAUUCCAAUUUUAUUUCUUUCGGGCUCAAAAGAUGAACUUAUUCCACCUCAACAUAUGAAAAUUUUAUAUGAAUUGGCGAAUACUAGUGGUGGGAAAAUGUUUCAGGAAAUUGAAAAUGGGUCACAUUAUGAUACUGUUUCACAACCAGAGUAUUUUUCAAAGAUUGGUGAAUUUUUUACACGGAUGUUGGGUGAGGAACUCUAUGAAAAAGAUCAAUUGCUUGAUAAUACAGAGAUAGAGACACCUCUUUAA